CUAACCGCGGUAAUUACCAGUGGUCCGAGUUGAAUCCCCUAAUUAUGUGGUUGUGAAUGUUGUGAGUAGUAGUUGAUAAUAUUGCAUUGUUGCCCUUAUCAUUUAAAAUGUCUAGAAGACGCGGUGAUAUUUCUAAAGAGGACAUUGCCAGGCAGUUUGUUCUGCCAGAGAGGCAGUCUAAAAUCGACACCCUGUUAAGACAAGAUGGUCAAGCCUAUUGCAUAUGUAGAUCGUCCGAUUCGUCUCGUUUUAUGAUAGCUUGCGACGCCUGUGAAGAGUGGUAUCACGGCGAUUGCAUCAAAAUCUCCGAAAAGGAGGCGAAACUAAUCAGGCAGUACUUUUGCAUCCGUUGUCAGGAGGAAGACCCAUCUUUGAACACGCGGUGGAAGACGAAACGUGAAAAGGAUGAGGCUUCAGUGCAAACAAACAUCGAUGACCGCAAGUCAAAGAAACGAAAAGAGAGGAGCGAAAGUAAGCCUGAUAAAAAGACGAAAAAGAAGUGCGGCGAGUGCAUGGGUUGCUAUCGCACUGAAGACUGCGGUAGAUGCGACGUUUGCGUGAGAAAAAAUAGGCACGGCAGCUCGAAAACUAAAGAGAGAUGUAAACAGAGGAUCUGCAUUAAUGCAUUGGGCGGCGGCGCCCGGAGAAAAAGACGAGAUUCGGGGUCCGACAUGGAGCAAACGUUCAACGAGCACCUGAAAACCGAUUAUCCCAGACAGUGUUACGGGCAAAAAUGCGUGAGGAGCGCGAGGUACGGCUCGAAAUACUGUUCGGAUCAGUGCGGCAUGAACCUCGCCAAGACUAGGAUUUUGCAGGUGCUGCCUCAGAGAUUACAGGAGUGGGCGUUGAGUCCCUCGGCCGCAGAGGAACUUAAUAUCAAAGCGUUGGAUCAGGUCAGAAAGCAGCAGCUCGAGGUGCGGGAGAUCUUGCAUGAACUGGACAAACGUCACCGGGAGAUCGAUUAUCUCGUGGAUCGCGCGAAAAGCGCGACGAUUGAUCCCAAUUCGGAGUACGACGUCGAGAAGGACGAGGAGAGUUCCAUGUAUUGCGUCACGUGCGGCCACGAGAUCCACUCGAAGACGGCCGUCAAGCAUAUGGAGAAGUGUUUCAACAAAUACGAGUCGCAGGCGUCGUUCGGGUCCGUUUUCAAAACGAGAAUCGAAGGCAACAACAUGUUCUGCGACUAUUACAACCCGAUCAGUCAUACGUAUUGCAAGCGUCUGCGAGUGUUGUGUCCCGAGCACUGCAAAGACCCAAAGAUCGGAGACCACGAGGUGUGCGGCUGUCCGCUGGUUACGAAUGUGUUCUCGCCGACGGGCGAGUUUUGUCGCGCUCCGAAGAAGUCCUGCACCAGACACUACGUCUGGGAAAAAUUGAGACGGGCCGAAGUGGACCUGGAGAGGGUUAGACAGUGGCUCAGGAUGGACGAGCUGCUGGAGAAAGAGCGCCAAAUCAGGACGAGCAUGGCGAAUAGGGCGGGAGUCUUGGCGCUGAUGCUGCACAGCACCUACAACCACGAGUUAAUGGAGCGCAUCACCAAGGCGCAGGAUCAGCAGAGCAUGCAGCGCGAGAUGGAACAGGCCCGCGCGAAGCCCAGAUCUAGAUACGCGUGAUUUUUUCGCGAGUGUUUUUUUUUAUUGAAAACUGGCAAUAGAAAAGCUUUCGGAUGUUUCACGUAAUUUUUAUGAAAGGUACACUUAAAUUGUAAAUAAAAUAAAUUUCUUUAGAA